GACGCGUGGUUGUAUUCUGACCAAUGAAGGCACGCAGAGAGAAUGCUACUCGUUUGCAUAAGGCAACUAUAAAUAAGUGGCACGCUGCUUUUUCUCUUCAUUCGUUUCUGUGUUGUUUUCUCUGUGGCAGUUGGUGGCUGUGAGCGCUGCGCGUUUGCUGCGAUGCCUGAGCCGGCCAAGUCUGCCCCCGCGCCCAAGAAGGGCUCCAAGAAGGCGGUGACCAAGACGCAGAAGAAGGGCGACAAGAAGCGCAAGAAGAGCCGCAAGGAGAGCUACUCGAUCUACGUGUACAAGGUGCUGAAGCAGGUGCACCCCGACACGGGCAUCUCGUCCAAGGCCAUGGGCAUCAUGAACUCCUUCGUCAACGACAUCUUCGAGCGCAUCGCCGGCGAGGCCUCGCGCCUGGCGCACUACAACAAGCGCUCCACCAUCACGUCGCGGGAGAUCCAGACGGCCGUGCGGCUCCUGCUGCCCGGCGAGCUGGCCAAGCACGCCGUCUCCGAGGGCACCAAGGCCGUCACCAAGUACACCAGCUCCAAGUAAGCCGGCUCUGCCCUGUGCUGGCCCUUAACCCAAAGGCUCUUUUAAGAGCCACCCCCACCUUUUCACAGAAAAGGGCUGUACAAUCAAUACAGAAAAAGCUUUUAAUUCCUAAAAAUUAAAGUUUUUAAAUUCCGCUUGAAAUUAAUUUCAAUAUUCUCCCAGUUUUCUGUGUUAAAAAACCUCUAUUUGGAAGGAAAUAACGUGCUGGAGCUAAUUUUUUAACUGUAGGAGUGUUUUUCUUCUAGGUUUUAGUUUCCUUAAUGUAUAGUUGUAUUACAGAUGUCUUUUGAAGUCUGUGGUACAUGUGUUGUGCAAUACUUCAGUUAGAUCAUGUAC